AAAAUGAAUUUAAGGGAAACCAGAGGAAAGAAACAAGGCGGUGAGUGAGUGAGGGAAAGCCCUUCCUGUGCUGCGGCUCAUGGCAGCGAUGUCGCUAUGGUCUUCCGUUUCGUCUCUCCCGCUUCUUCGCAGACUCCCGCCUGCGCCGGAGAAUCGGACGAAUCCUUUUGCGGUCACCCUAACCCGAUGCAGCUCGUCUUCUCGGCCAUUCUUAUUGAGUUUUAGAUGCAGUUAUGCGACACCAAACACAGUGGAAGAUUCGUCAUCAGUGCCAAUUGAUGUUUCUGCUCUUGUAAAAACAGAGAAGAUUGUUGUCUUGGGUGGCACUGGAUUUGUUGGUUCUGCUAUUUGCAAAACAGCAGUAUCCAAGGGAAUUGAGGUGGUCAGUGUAAGCAGAUUAGGGAGGCCUUCAUACACAGACUCUUGGGUUGAUCAAGUUAGAUGGAUUGCAGGAGAUGUUUUCUACCUAAUGUGGGAUGAGGUGUUGGUUGGGGCAACUGCAGUAGUAUCAACCCUUGGAGGAUUUGGAAAUGAGGAACAGAUGAAGAGGAUAAAUGGGGAAGCUAAUAUCCUAGCAGUAGGUGCCGCAAAGGAUUUUGGGGUCUCCAAGUUUGUAUUGAUAUCUGUCCAUGACUACAAUCUUCCUUCAUUCCUCCUUUCUUCUGGGUAUUUCACUGGAAAGAGAAAAGCAGAAUCUGAGGUCCUCUCCAAAUACCCAAGAUCAGGUGUUGUGCUAAGACCUGGCUUCAUUUAUGGAAAGAGAAGGGUAGAUGGCUAUGAGAUCCCACUCAAUCUGAUAGGUGAACCAUUGGAAAGGAUACUGCUUGCUCUUGAGAAUUUUACAAGGCCUUUGAACUCACUCCCUGCAUCUGAUCUAAUUUUGGCACCCCCUGUGAGUGUUGAUGAUGUUGCCUAUGCAGCCAUUAAUUCUCUCACAGAUGAUGAUUUUUAUGGCAUUUUCACAAUCGAACAAAUCAAGGAAGCUGCUGCUAAAGUGAGGUCACUGAAUUGACAAUAUGAUCCUCGAUCAUAUGGUUCAAAGUGCAGAGAUUUAAAGGCUUUGCGUGUUUCCAAGUCAGUGUACCAAAGCUAUCGCGAUCAAGCACAAUCACCAACAAACUAGUAAAAAAUUUCACUAUAUGUACCUGAUAGUGUUGUAUCCUUCAACCUGUUUAUCUGUCAUCAAGUUUAUAUGUCAUCAGUUACUAUAAGUAACCUUUUGCAAACUGUCUUUAGCAUACUUUAACCAUAUUCAAAUGAGACUAAACUUUGUCAAA